UCCUCACGCUCACGUGAUCUAUGACGGUUAGUUCCAUCGUAAAGUAUUUGUUACACUGGGACGGGUGUACCGGAUCGAAGAUAAAAGCCGUGGAUAAAAUAAGUAAAAUCUUGAUUUACCAGAUUGUUAUCCGGAAUUUCAAAUUUGUGGCGCAGUUUAUCAGAAUAAAAUCAAAUUUAGAAUUGCUUUCAAGUUGAUAAAUAUGUGUCUAUCACAAUCUAACAGAAAUUUAUUGCUCUGUUUCUGAUUUUCAAGCAAUACAUCUAAGAAUUUUUUAUCAUCAUAUGACAAAAUUAAUUAUCUAUCUUCGGUGAAUUUAAAUUUAGUCCUCAAGUUAUAAUUUGGAUAAAAUAUGAGUGAAGACUUAAAAGAUAUAGCAAGAGAAGUUCACGCGAUAUUGUAUUCAAAGAGAAAAGAUGAACAACAGAAUAUAAUUAGAACAUAUUACGACACUAAUGCUGUUUUGGAGGAACCAAUCAUUUUUGUAAAAGGCCAAGACGAAAUAAUCCGCCAAUUUUUUUUCACGGCCACUAUAUUCAUCUCCGUUACUGCAGAAAUAUAUUCGAUAACUGAUUCAAUGAUAGCUGGAAAUCACCACAUUGUUAGUGUCGAUGCACUCAUUAAAUAUCGUCUACCUUUGAAACCAAUAUUAUUUCGUCAAGAAAUUGAAUUAAGAACAAUCACGAAAUGGGAAUUUAACGGACAAAAUAAGAUUGUUAGACAUGAAGAUAUUUGGAGUAUAAAGGAUUUAGUGGAAACUUUGCCAUGCGUGGGAUGGGUUUAUUCUUAUUUUGGAAGAAAGUCUGUGGGGCUUUUUAUAUAUCAGCUUGCAAAAAACAUUAGAAGUUGUAUUGGCUAUGAUGUUUGAUUACAUUAUAUUGUUUAUUUUUCAGUCAAGUAUUUUGAGAAGCAAGAAAUUCUUUUAAUUUUUUUAACGCUUUAUACCUAUGAGAUAUUGUAUUUUUGACACUCUUUGGCAUUUCAUCAUACGUUUGAUCAAAUCCGUCAGGUUGAAAAAUGGGAUCCCAUCCGAAAUUUUUAGGUCCACGCGCUGGUACAAUUUUACCCUAUAAGUAAAAUGAAGAUUACUAAAUUAUAUAAAUUAUAUAAUCUAUAACUGAAAAUAUUUUAAACUCACGUCAGUACGACCCUCGAAUAAU